AUGCAGAAGCUUCCUUUUCAUGGGGAACCUAUAAAACUGAAGCUGGAAGCUCUUCUGCUACUUGUGAUCCUUCAGCACCUCCUCCUUCCAAGAAAAGCUCUUACUUACGUUGAUAAAAGUGUUGAUGUUCAAAGCACCACUGUUCAAAACAAGAAUAUUCAGUUGUUCAACAAUAAUAUGGACAAACAACACAGGAUUUCAGAGCUGAAUGAUAGGAUCAACAUAAAGAAGUUUGGAGAUGUUCUAGCUCGUAGAUCAGAACAUGAUCCUAUUAUCAGGGUAAGGUGCACUAAACCAAGGAACGAGUCACUGAAGCUUCACUUUGUCAGAAAGAAGACUGGGUAUGAAUACACUGAGGUUAUACUCCCUCGUGAGCUUGUUAAAUUUGGCUACAGCAAGUGGAUACAAAUUCGGGAAAUUAUUGGCAAACAUAAAGGUAUUCAUGCUCAAGUGGUGAAAUUAGCCAUUCAAAAGUUACUCAACAAAGUCAAGAAGUUAAAUCUUGUGCCAUCUGUUGGACCAUCUAGACCAUCCACUUCAGGAAGAACGGUCACCCCCAGAGGUGUUGAACCUAUUCAGCACAUGUUCAUUCGAGAACCAGAACAUGGUAUUUUUUAUCUUGAUAGUCAAAAUCGCAUGUGUUUUCAACGCUAUGAUGAUCUUCCCGCUGCACCCACUGAGCAUUUAUUUCAUCUCCGCAUGGUAGGACUUAGUCAUUUAGAACUUGAAACAGGAUAA